CAAUCCAAAUACUGCUGGGCUUGAAGAGCAAGUUGGCUGAGUCUCCGUGGAUCAUCGACACCAGCAGAUCACUAGAGAUAAGAGCCGCAACACCAUCGACCUGAAGGAGCACAAAGCCGGACAGUCAACAUGAGCAGAUGUCUGAUCAGCAAGGCGGAGGUGCAGGCCUUCAUCGAGAGGUGUAUGACUGCUGUAGGCACCAAGCCGCAUCACGCCCGCAGCCUGGCUGAGGUGCUGGUGGAGGGGGACCACAGGGGCCACUACAGCCAUGGACUCAACAGGAUGGACAUGUAUGUAAAGGACAUCGAGACAAAAAUCUGUGCCAAGGACGGUGAGCCGGUGGUAGAGAAGGAGAGUGCAGCCACAGCGCUUGUGGAUGGGAAGAAUCUCCUGGGCCCUGUGGUGGGAAACUUCUGCAUGAAUCUCGCCAUUAAGAAGGCAAAAGAAUGUGGCAUUGGCUGGGUGGUGGCAAAAGGUUCCAACCACUACGGUAUUGCCGGAUACUACGCAAUGCAAGCUCUGAAGGAAAACAUGAUUGGCAUGUCAUUUACCAACACAUCCCCACUCGUGGUUCCCACACGUGGCACAGAGUGCACUUUGGGCACCAACCCCCUCAGCGUGGCAGCUCCUGCUAAAGAUGGAGACAGCUUUGUUCUGGACAUGGCCACAUCAGCAGUAGCACUCGGAAAGGUGGAGCUCCAUGAGCGGCGUGGAGACCCUAUCCCAGAGGGCUGGGGCUGUGACGCCAAGGGCAAGCUGGUCACUGACCCUAAGAAAGUUCUGAAUGGAGGAGGACUGGUGCCCAUCGGUGGCAGUGAAGCAACAGGAGGUUACAAAGGCUACGGUCUGGGAAUGAUGGUGGAGGUGUUUUGUGGUAUCUUGGCUGGUGCCCAGUACAGCAAACACAUCCGCACGUGGAAAGUAACAGACCGUGUUGCUGACCUGGGUCAGUGCUUCGUUGCGAUCAACCCAGAUAACUUUGCUCCUGGGUUCCCUGACAGGAUGUCAGACCUGCUGUCCAUCCAGAGAGGGAUGGAACCUGCUGAUCCCAGCACUCCUGUUUUGGCUGCUGGAGAUCCAGAGAGGGCAAACAUGAAGAAGUGUGAUCAGAUGGGUGGGAUCCCCUAUCACAUCAAUGUCGUCAACUACAUGAAUGAAUGUGGUAAGAGAGUUGGUGUCAGCCAGCUGCUUCCAUGUGACAAUCUCAUCUCCAAUUAGUCGGUCAAGUCAAGAUUCUCAGCGUUUGAAAAUCUUUUUCAUCUUGAAGUUCACAUUGAGCUGCGUGGCAAUGCAU